AUGGCAGACUUCGCACCACCACCAGGCCCUCCCCCGCCAAAGGUACCUGAAGGCUGGAAGGCCGUCUGGAACCCACAAUACAACGAGUGGUUCUACGUCAACACCUACACAAAGCAGUCGCAAUGGGACAAGCCAACCGAGGCCGUCUAUCCUCCCGGCGAAGCCCCGCCCGCCGGCGCGCCCCCCGGAUAUGCGCCUCCAGCAAGUGGCGCGGUAGGUGGAUACCCCAGCGAGAAGGGAGGCUUUGGCAGCAACAACCCAUACGCCAACACGAGCGAGGAUGAGGCGCUUGCCAGGAGGCUACAGGAAGAAGAACAAGCGCGCGCCAACGGACACUCGAGCGACACACGCGGACAUGCGAACGACUACUACCAGCAGCCUGGCCAGUCGCAACCACCACAAUACGGCGGCUAUGGUCAGCAGACCAGCUCGUACCCGCAGGAGCAACACCACGACUCGAGUACACAAGACAAGGGCAGCAAGGGCAAAGGGCUGCUAGGCAAGAUACUUGGAAAGGCCACUGGCUCAUCCCAUUCAUCGUCAUCGCACGGUUACCCACCACAACAGCAUGGCUACGGCCAGCCAGCAUACGGUCACGCAGGUUACGGAGGCGGCUACGGAGGAGGAGGCUACGGUCGGCCCAUGGGCGGCGGUAUGCCUAUGGGAGGUGGCAUGGGUGGUGGCAGGCGUCCGGGAGGCGGCGGCAUGGGAGGCAUGGCCCUUGGAGCCGGAGGAGGUCUGCUGGCCGGUGGGCUGAUCGGAUCAGCAAUGGCAGGAGACGGUGGUGACACUUACGUCGAGAAUAACUACGGUGAUGAUGAUAUGGGUGGAGGAGAUAUGGGCGGUGGUGAUGACAUGGGCGACAUGGGCGGCGACUUCUAA